AUGGCCGACAACCAAACUGGCACGGUGCCAAGCAACGGCACAGCGCCUGUCAAUGACCCUGCACCCAACAAUGGUCCCGUGAUCGUGGCCGACGACGAUAGCGUGGCAUCUUCGAGCACGAGCUUGGCCAGCUCAAUUCUCCAACACCGGAUCGAGAACGGAAGGACUUACCACAAGUACAAGGACGGCAAUUUACAGCACAACAUCUAUCUUCUUACCCUUGACUACAAGCUGGGUCUUGCUCCCCCGAAUGACAAGGACUCUGGUGUCAAGCGCGUUCUAGACAUUGGAACUGGCACUGGACUGUGGGCCAUUGACUUCGGCGAGGAGCAUCCCGAAGCUGAGUGCUUUAUAGACCUCGCGGGUACUGCACAUGCUGAUGUUGUUAGCGGCCUUGCACCUGGCGGCUACGCCGAGGUGUUUGAAGGUCACAUACGACCUGAGUGCGAUGAUGGGACUCUGACGCCUGAACAUGCCCUCUCGAAGUGGGUUGAUAAGAUCGAGGAAUGCGGCAAAAUCUUCGGCCGUCUGUGGACUGAUGUACCGAGUCUCGCACCCAUGAUGAAGGAAAUCGGUUUCGUCGAUGUGACUAUUGCCAAGUACAAGUGGCCUAUUAGCCCGUGGGCAAAGGAUCAGCACUAUAGAGAGCUUGGAUCUUGGUGCCAGGAGAACUUUAUGGAAGGUCUCGAGGGGUUCACCAUGGCCCCUUUCACCAGAGGUCUCGGAUGGACUAGGGAAGAAGUCGACGUCUUUCUCAUUGAUGUUCGGAAGGACCUGAAGGACAGAAGCAUACACGCCUACAGCCCUAUGUGGACGAUCUAUGCUAGAAGGCCUCUGGAGGAGGAAGCCGCCGAGUAG